ACGCGCUGGUUAGAAAGAGAAGCGCGUAAGAGGGGAGCGAGACUACCAUACUGACAACUCCGUGACAGUCCAGAAUAAUCCCUUGUAGUACUGGAUAAGAACCAUCAACCUCGUAUUCCGAUCGUCAUACAGUUCAUGCAUCUCAACAUUCUCAGCGAUCUGAGUUCACCUGCGACCAAAACGGCUUGUCUCUUAUUAGAGCAAUCCACGUUCGCUCCUCGCAUGUUGAUGUCGUUUUCGCACCCGAUCUCCUUUAAACGACUCCUGGGACUCCCCAAACACGCGUGGUGAAAAGCCUCCUCCAUGAAAAAAAAUCCCGAAAGAAAGAGACAUCCCUGACGAUCUGGUCUUAGCUUCUCACGUCUCCUUCAAAAUCUCAUGUAUUUGACUUCUAUCGCUGUUCUCUUCACUUUUCCCUCUCUAGCUCUUUCUCAGAAAAUCGACAAAUUCAGAUUCAAACUCAAGUUCUGAGGCUGAUUCAGAUUCUGGGUGUGUGGAAUUCGUAAAUUCAGGUUCAAGAUCAAGUUUUUAGUUCAAUUCAUAUUCUGGGUGUGUGAAAUUGGGGAGAAAAGAAUUCAACUUUGGGGAGGGGGGGGGGGGGGGUGCAAAGUGGUUUAAUUUGAUUAGGUGUGUGUUAAUAUGGGUGCUAGUUUUUCGAUUCUGGUGUGUGGAAUUGAAAAGUUCAGGUUCCAUAUCAAGUUUUGAGUUCAGUUCAUAUUCUGGGGGUGUGGAAUUUAGAGAAAGGAAUUCAACUUUGGGGGGUGCAAAGGGGUUUACUUUGGUUUGGUGUGUGUUAAGUGUCAACAUGGGUGCUAGUUUUUCCUCUUGUGUUUGUGAUGGUGAUGCUACCCCUUCGAGGCCAAGGCUUGGGGACAUACCCGAGAGUUGUGUGGCAUUGGUGUUGAUGUAUUUGGACCCACCGGAUAUUUGCAAGCUUGCACGAUUGAACAGGGCGUUUCGCGAUGCUUCGGUGGCGGAUUUCAUUUGGGAAUCGAAGUUGCCUUCGAAUUAUAAGUUCAUUGUGGAGAAAGCUUUGAAGGAUGCCUCUGUGGAAGAAUUGGGGAAGAGGGAUAUUUAUGCCAGACUCUGCAGGCCUAAUUCGUUUGACAAUGGGACCAAGGAAAUUUGGCUGGAUAAGAGGACAGGUGGGGUGUGUUUGGCGAUUUCUUCCCAAGCUUUGAGGAUUACAGGGAUAGAUGAUCGGAGAUAUUGGAGUCGCAUUUCAACUGAAGAGUCAAGAUUCCACACAGUUGCUUAUCUUCAACAAAUUUGGUGGCUUGAAGUGGAAGGAGAUGUUGAUUUUCAAUUUCCUCCUGGGUCAUACAAUGUGUUCUUUAGACUCCAGCUUGGCCGGUCAUCCAAGAGAUUGGGUCGACGAGUUUGUAAGACGGACGACGUUCAUGGCUGGGAUAUAAAACCUGUAAAAUUUCAGCUAACAACUUCUGAUGGUCAGCAUGCUGUAUCCCAAAGUCAUUUGGAUAAUCCAGGGAACUGGAUUCUCUACCAUGCAGGAAACUUUGUUUCCAAGAAUCCUAAUGAUCUGAUGAAGAUCAAAAUUUCAUUGACUCAAAUUGAUUGUACGCACACCAAAGGCGGUUUGUGUGUAGAUUCUGUAUUUAUAUGCAAUAGCGAUGUAAAAAAAGAGGUGUAGGCUGUUUUUGUAGGAAGGGAAUCUGUAUAGUGGAAAUGAGUCUGAGGCACCUGAGUUGACUUUUGUCAUUUGGGUUACAGGGAGUUAAGUAGAGGUGAUUAUUCCAAAUAUGCCCCAACAACACUUCCCUUUAGAUUUUUUUUUUUUUUUGUUUCUGUGAUAUUCAUAGUCCCUUUAGAUGUUUUGUUUCUUCAACAGGACAAUGUUUUAAUAGGUUGAACAAAUUUCUUACCCCCUUUUUGGGGCAUAGUAUAUGUGUGAUUUGUGUAUAUUUCCUCUUUUGUUGGUACUGGGAAUUGAAUUGAUUGAUGUUGUUUUCUCAAAGAAUAAAGCGGUUCAUGUGUUGUAAUUUUAG